AAUCUUCUACUGUGAAUUAAACAACGAAAGCUAUUUAUUAUGAAUAUAUGGUGAGAAAAUGCACCAGUUUCGACAAUAUUAGUUUUGAUGGCCAAAAUAACAAAGCGACUAUCAUGUUUCAGAGAUCAUGUUUCACAUAUUUGUUUCAUAGACAAAAGAAAGGGCGAGACCUAUUUCUUUGGCUUUGACGCCUCACGUUUUUUUCAUCGGAGUGUUUUUCCUUUCUGUUACAAAGUAAAGAAGAAAAGAAGCCAGUGAUUGGUAAAUGUUUUGAUGCCGCGGAUAUCCAUCGCUUAAAAAAAGAAAAGAAAUAAGCAAAGGAUACGAAAAUGGAUGCUAUUUUCAAAGCCAUACCACUGAAUUGUUUUCCUUGGUUUGAACAAAUACUGCUCUAUAUCUAUUUCAUAUUUACAAUCAUCGCUACUGGAAUUUCAAAAACAUUUGAUCGUCAAACUUCUUUCACUUGUUAUGACAAGAUGAUUUCAAACUUCCAAGAAACUUCACUUAUAAAGAACAUUGAAUCAAGUUGUUUGAGACAAUACCAAAAUGAGACUUGGGAUAAUAUUUAUGUGGUGUCCUUCAAUUUCAUUUUUCCCUUACUUUGGAGUAUGAUCUAUGGAAUGUCUGUAAGCCAUCGACUUGAAAACUUUGAUAAGUUCUUGUCAGAAAGAAGCAGUGAAGUCAGAAAGGUUGCAUCUAGUUCUUGGGCAUUUAAUUGUUACAUCAUUUAUUUGAUUGGACGUUUGAUCGGUUUGUUGAUAUUUGUUACAGUACUCUUUCCAGGCAUGUUUCCCAUUGAUUAUACUUGUUCUUGGCGUCCAACAACAAACGAAAAAUCUUCGUUCAACAGUAUAAUUCUUCCUCCAUAUAACGAGACAUUUGUUAAUUGUGAAAUUUGCGAUGGUAACAGUGAGUGGUGGAUUGUACUUGUUGUAGCUGUUGAUGUUUUAUCGAUAAUAAUGACGAUAUGUCAGCUAAUAUACCUAUUAAAUGAGGCCAGUAAUGACACUUUUUUCACAUCAGAUAAGGAGUUUUUCACGGUAUACUUAUUCCAAAAGCGUGCAGAAUUUCGAAAAUGGAUAAAAGAAAUAAAAAAUAAACUUCACUUGAACAAAUUAUUUAAUAUCCACGAUAACGUACGCAAUGCACAAAUGUCUCAGCAAAAUCUGGAAGAUAUUUAUGUCAACGUCAUAAUGCAAGCAGAAAGACAAUUAAGUAAGGCUUACCCAGAAACGCAUGAAAGGCACGAGAUCCUUCAUUGUCAUUUCAAACUUACAGAAAAUGCGAAAAAACUAACAAGAGCAACGGACAUUUUUAAGUCAAUUCCAAAUAGCAAGUGGUGUCCUAGCUCCAUUUUAGUCAUCGGAAGGCCAGGAAUUGGUAAAACAAUGUUCACAAAAAAACUUAUUCAUGAAUGGAAGACAAAUGAAGACGACUAUUUGCGCGAUAAGCUGGUCAUUUUAUUUCAAUGUCGUUCUAUUGAAAAGAAAAACAUUACUUUUGAAGAAAUGAUAAGAAAUUGCGUUGGACUUUCAUUUGAACAGUUUUCAGGUAUUUACGAAUUUAUAAUGUUAAAUCCUGAAAGAACUGUUCUUGUCGUGGACGGUCUUGAUGAAUUGCCUUUAGAUAAUGGAGUUCUUCAAACUGACAACUCAGGGUCCCCUAAUAAAAAAAGGGCCGUCAUUAGACACUUAGAGAUGCUUGUUAAUGGUGAACUAUUGCCUCAUGUUACUGUUCUUAUUACAUCACGACCCACAGCUGAACGUAAAUUUAGAAAUAUGAUAUUCACGAGAACAGUUGAAAUCUUGGGCUUUUUUGAGGAUGAGAUAGAAGAAUUCGUGAAAAAGUUUUGUCGUGAAGAUAAGAAUAUCGCUGACCGUAUUCUAAAUAAGAUUAAAAAUUCUCUUGAACUUCGCAGCUUUUGUUAUAUCCCUAUUAACACUAAAAUUGUUUGUAUGACCUUAAAGGAAUGUUUUGCAGAUGAUGAAAACUAUAGUCCAAAGACUAUCACUGAAUUGUACAAUAGAGCAAUUAAAGUUUUACUAUGGCAAAGCCAUCCACUUCUCAGGGGCAAGACUACACCAAAGGAUUACUUAACAAUUCCUUUACCAUCCAAGCUUGAUAAUGAUCUACAAGAAAUAAAACAUGUUGCCAUGGAAGGGCUUAAAGACGGACGCCUAAUUUUGAAAGAGACAGUAACAGUAACUUUGAAAAUCUUGAAAACUGUGGCAUUUUCAAUAAGAUUUGUGACAAAAAAAAAAAUCUUUACUGUUUUCUUCAUUUGACUCUUCAAGAGUUUCUUGCAGCUUUGUAUAUUGUUGACGAUUGGCAAAACAUUGAAAAGUUUUUGGAUGAUCAGGCUAAAGAUCCUAAAUGGCAUUUGGUAAUCGAAUUUGCUGCUGGUUUUGUUGGAAAUAUAAAGAAAAAGACGGGAAAAGAUAUCAGCUUUAUUCUAAAGAGGUUUAAAAACUGGAUUUCAAAUUUAUUCAUCAAAGACGGCGAUAAAGUCCUUGGUUUUCUUGGAAUUAAGUGUUUAUACGAGUUGCAAGACAAAGAUGUAAUGAGCUCAGCUUGCAGGAAGUUAGAGGAUUUUUCUCAACAAACGAGUAUUGAUGGAGUUUAUUUUACGCCUGUUGAUUCAAACGCAUUGUUUGAAUUUCUUUCUGAAUGUGAACACAUAACAGGUCUUUUUUUUAAUGGUUGCAAGUUUCUUGAUAAACACAGCUGUAUUCCUUUAAAAAACUACUUGUCAAGUGAGAGAGCGGAAAUUUUGAUUAACUUAGAGUUUGACUUUUGUACUUUCGGCAAUCUUUUUUGUAAGCAUCUCAGCGAAGCUUUGAAGAGUGAGAAUUGUAAACUAGCUAGGUUGGAAUUUUUAGAUAGCAGUAUAGAUGAUGAAGGUGCAGAAUAUUUUAGUGAAGCUUUGAAAAGUAAGAAUUGUAAACUUACUGAAUUGUGUCUUAGUUGUAACAAAAUAGAAGGUGAAGGUGCGAAAUCCCUUAGUGAAGCUUUGAAAAGUGAGAAUUGUAAACUUACUGACUUGUCUCUUAAAGAAAACCAUAUAUGUGGUGAAGGUGCAAAAUCUGUUAGUGAAGCAUUGAAAAGUGAGAGUUGUAAACUUACAAAAUUUGAUCUUCGAGCAAACAUGAUAGGUGGCGAAGGUGCAAAAUAUCUUAGUAAAGCGUUAAAAAGAAAGAAUUGUAAACUUACUGAAUUGUAUCUUAAUUGUAACCAGAUAGGUAUUAAAGGUGGAAAGUACCUUAGUGAAGCUUUGAAAAAUGAGAAUUGUAAACUUACUAUAUUAAAUCUUGACAACAACCACAUAGAUGAUGAAGGUGCAAAAUAUCUUAGUGAAGCUUUGAAAAGUUAUAAUUGUCAACUUACUAGCUUAAAUCUUGACAACAACCACAUAGAUGAUGAAGGGGCAAAAUAUCUUAGUGAAGCUUUGAAAAGUUAUAAUUGUCAACUUACUAGCUUAAAUCUUGAACACAACCAAAUAGGUGAUGAAGGUGCAAAAUAUCUUAGUGAAGCUUUGAAAAGUUAUAAUUGUCAACUUACUAGCUUAAGUCUUAAAGACAACCAAAUAGAUGAUAAAGGUGCAAAAUUUCUUAGUGAAGCAUUGAAAAGUGAUAAUUGUCAACUUACUAGGUUAAAUCUUGAACACAACCAAAUAGGUGAUGAAGGUGCAAAAUAUCUUAGUGAAGCUUUGAAAAGUGAGAAUUGUAAGCUUAAUUCACUUUAUGUGCGUUAUAACAAUAUAGGUGAUAAAGUACUAAAUAUCUUAGAAAGGUUUUAGAAGUUAGAAUUGUAAACUUAUCAAAUAGGACAUUGAUAAUAACAAAAUAGCAGCUACAGGUGUGAUGUAUCUUAAUAACGCUUGGAAAAAUAAGAGAUGUAAGCUUACUGAAAGAAAUAUCUUCAUUAACAAUAUGGGUGAUGAAGGUGCUAAAUAUCUUAGUGAAGCUUUAAAAAGUGAGAAUUGUAAGUUUACUGAAAUGAGUAUCGAUAGUAACAGUACAGGUGUUUAAGGUGCUAAAUAUCUUAGUAACACAUUAUUAUGUGAGAAUUCAUAUUCCUACAAGUGAUUUUUAUUUUUAGUUAUAUUUCCUACAAGUGAUUUUCUCUUUGCAUGAUACAUGACAAAAAUAGUAAAAAUUUUAUUGAACUUUAAAAAUGUCGAAUUUUACAAAAUUCUGUAAAAUAUAUUAAUGAUAAGAAUUUAUUGGUGUUGAAAGGGGUAAAUAUCUCAGUAUAAAGCCAUUAAAUCUUUAUCAAUAUUAAAAUUCCUAUAGGAAAUCUCAUGGAAAUGUUAUUGGAAAAACAUAUAUAGCAAUCGAAAUAUAUAGGAAAUGUUAUCUAUUUUUUCCCCAAAUUUACAACUAUGAUAGAUUCUUUAGAUAUCUAAUGCAUGAAAUAAAUAAAGCAUUGU